AGGACCUAAGAUAAAAUGAAGAUUCUUCUGCAGGAUUCUCCCAUCUCCAUGCUAGACCCUUCUCUCCUUCUGCGGCCAGAGAAGGUCUAUGAUGGGAAACCAGUGGAAGCGUUCAGAAAUUAUGACAUUGAUGAAAAUGAUCCCAUCAAAGAACGCGUGAGGCGGACGUAUUAUGAAAUGCAUACUAAACAGACUGUGGAUUUUGUUAAAGGUCGCAUGGCAGAGUGGUUGAAAUUCAACCACUUCAAGAGUACGAUCAAGGAUGCUCUCAUCAAGUUGAACGAGCUGGUGGACGAGUCAGACCCUGACACCGACCUUCCUAACAUAGUGCACGCCUUCCAAACUGCUGAGAGGAUCCGGGAAGAACACCCUGACCAGGACUGGUUCCAUCUUAUUGGAUUAAUCCACGAUCUUGGAAAGGUGAUGGCUUUCUAUGGAGAGCCUCAAUGGUGUGUGGUGGGAGACACAUUCCCCGUGGGCUGCAAGUGGGGGAAAUCCAUCGUUUAUGGAGAUGACAGCUUCAAGGACAACCCUGAUACAUACAACCCUAAGUACAACACGGAAUGCGGGAUGUACAAGCCACACUGCGGGCUGGAGAACCUGAUGAUCUCGUGGGGACACGACGAGUACCUGUACCGGGUGCUCGUGCACAACCACUCCAAGUUCCCCAAGGAGGGACUCUUCAUGAUCAGAUACCACUCGCUGUACCCGUGGCACGCGGGCGGCGACUACAAGCACCUCAUGAAGGCGGGCGACGAGGAGAUCAUGAAGAACGUGCUGGAGUUCAAUAAAUACGACCUGUACACCAAGAGCGCUGGAGUCCCCGACAUUGAAGCUCUAUGGCCAUACUAUGAGAAACUGAUUGAGAAGUACAUCCCUGGAGUUCUGGAGUGGUAGACGAAUUUAUACUUUAAGCAUUAGACAGUAGGUGCAAAAUGUAAUGCAUGAUGAUUUGACUACUAAAUUAACUAAAAGUGACAUUGUGAAUUGUUUUUUUUUAUUAACUGUUUUUUUUUUAUUUAAGUAACUAAAGAUUUGUGCAUACCUGAGUUGCAUAGAUGAUAAAAGUACCUACCACAUAUUUUUCACAUGUGGAUAGGUACCCAGACCUACAUUUUUUGGUUUUCAAUACAAACUAUUUGGUGCUAACCUUAUUAUAAAUUCUUCUUUAAUUUAAACCCCACCUAUGUAUGAGGAUAAUACAAUGUUCGAAAAGGACCCCCUAAAAUCUAGAUUAAGGAAUUUUCGUAAAUUCUAAGAGUAACUGUUAAAGAUAGUUUAAGCUAGCCUUACCAAAGAUAAUAACUAUAAUAUGUAAUUGUAGUAUUUACAAUAUACGACUUAUUCACAUAAUUGUUCGAGUUAAGGUACGCACCGCACGCAACGGUUUUAGUUUGUUUUGUAUAGAAACUCAUACAACUGCGUCCACUGAUCCGCAUCGUACGGACCGCUCAUCGGCAAUGCCUACAUGCGAUGCGUACCGAUGACGUCAUACGGAAUGCCGAUGCCAAAAAUCCGAGUGAAAGUGACAUCGGUAAUCCGAUUGCUCCAAUACUCGCGUCGGCAAUCCGAACGCUGCCGAACAGUGGACGCAGUCAAUCCGUCCGAUGCGUACGAUGCGGGCCUGUGGACGCUUACCAUUAGACGCUGUUCAUAUUUCAUGAGCUCUCGUCACGUUCUGGCUUGAAACCUCCUCGAAGAUUUAAGUGAAAAAGUCGUAUAUUCUAAUUAAUUUAACAUAUCUCAUGAUAGUUAUUAUUCUAUAAUUGUACAUAAAAUUGUUAUUAAUUAAAAUUGGCCAAUUAUUUGAUAACGCUGUAUGAUAUUGUAAAUAUUAUAAUAAAAUUGUUUUUAUUUUAA